UGCUGCCUCCGCCCCCGCCGGGAGACAGCCCUAAUGAAUUUCACCAGCAGCUACAGUUUUUUGUCGUGUGAGAAACUGUGGAGGCUGAAUUUGAGGCUCUAUUCAGGUGAAUUUUGUAGCAUGUCAGCUGUUUGCCUUGUUCGCCGCUUUCUGGUUCCGCAUCUACUUAAGUCCUGGUAAAACCAGUCCCGAUGUCCGGCACGCAUUUGCCACCAUUUUUGGCAUCUAUUUUGUCAUCUUUUGUUUUGGCUGGUACUCUGUGCAUCUUUUUGUGCUGGUGUUAAUGUGCUACGGGAUCAUGGUCACGGCAAGCGUAUCCAGUAUUCACAGAUACUCCUUCUUUGUAGCAAUGGGAUACCUUACAAUAUGCCACAUCAGCCGGAUAUACAUCUUCCACUAUGGAAUUCUCACUACAGACUUUUCUGGGCCUCUGAUGAUUGUCACACAGAAGAUCACGACCUUGGCAUUCCAAGUUCAUGAUGGAUUAGGUCGAAGAGCUGAAGACCUCUCUGCUGAGCAACAUCGACUUGCUGUGAAGGUAAAGCCCUCCUUUUUGCAAUACUUAAGCUAUCUUCUCAACUUCAUGAGUGUCAUAGCUGGCCCUUGCAACAAUUUCAAGGAUUACAUAGCCUUUAUUGAGGGGAGACAUACGCACAUGAAGUUGCUGGAAGUGAACUGGAAGCAGAGAGGUUUCCAGAGCCUGCCAGAGCCUUCUCCCACUGGAGCUGUGAUCCGCAAGUUGUACAUGACCUUGGUGUCUCUCCUUCUGUUUUUGACACUCACGAAGGCCUUCCCUGUCACCUGCCUGGUUGAUGACUGGUUUGUUCAUAAAGCGAACUUUCUGACUCGACUGUGCUACUUGUAUAUCGUCAUGCAAGCCUCGAAGCCCAAGUAUUACUUUGCCUGGACGUUAGCUGAUGCAGUGAAUAAUGCAGCGGGCUUUGGGUUCAGCGGAGUGGAUAAGAAUGGAAAUUUCUGUUGGGAUCUGCUUUCUAACCUAAACAUCUGGAAAAUUGAGACUGCCACAAGUUUCAAAAUGUACUUAGAAAACUGGAAUAUUCAGACAGCUACUUGGCUAAAGCGAGUGUGCUAUGAGCGGGUUCCCUGGUACCCCACGGUGCUAACCUUUGUCCUGUCUGCCUUGUGGCAUGGUGUCUACCCUGGAUACUAUUUUACCUUCUUAACUGGAACCCUUGUCACAGUAGCAGCCAGAACGAUGAGGAACAACUACAGACAUUACUUCCUUUCCUCAAAAGCCCUCAAGGUUGCAUAUGAUGUGGUCACCUGGGCGGUCACUCAGCUGGCCGUGUCCUACACUGUUGCUCCCUUCGUUAUGUUAGCAGUUGAACCAACCAUCAGCUUAUACAAGACAUUUGAGUGGUGUGGAGGUAUGUGCAGAAUGUGCCAGAGACCAUGCAGUCUGGGCUGCUGGGUCUUUGCUUCUCUGGCACCAUUUCCAGCCACGGGAGCCCAUACAUCUGCUCCGGAAGGCAGAAGGUGGUUGCUGACAGAGCUGAUCUUCCAGAAUAUACCCAGAUAUGGUUGUUCCUUGGGAAGCCCCAGACCCUUUGACCACAGUGACGACACUCAGAAGACCACGGAGGAGAAGGAGCCGGCACAAAAGAACCAGGAGGACUUGCCGUGAACACUUGAGUGGAUGGAAAGUCAGGCAUGCCCUAAAGUAGGCUGUAUUUUUUUUCCCCAAGAGAUAGAACUCUUCCCUUUUUUCCUUCUGAACUGAGCCAAGAUUGGAAAUCAGUCUCCUAUACUCCAGGAGUCUAGGAAGGGCUACUGUUUUCCAUUUCACACACGCCAUCUGUUUGCCCAGGGAUGGCCCUGAGAAAACACCCAAAUGUUUGCACCAUCAAAGGCAGAAUAAAUAAGCCUUCUAAAUAAGUAAUUUGUUUUAAAAAAGUAAAGUUCCAUAGAAGCUUGUUAAGAAGCAGCAUUUUUCUCUUUGCUCACCUCAUUUCGUGGAGGUGUUCAUGAUCUUGGUUAUGAUACACACACCAGCUGAUUUUCACUUUUCUGGUUUUGCAGUUGAUUAAAUUUGACGAUUUUAGUUGAAUCAUUGUAUCGGAGAGCAGAAAUGGAGGACCGUUUUCUAUCCUUGUUAUGAAUGUGCUGUGGUUCCUUUUGGGGACUUCUAUUGGAUAAUAUUCUAUGUGGGAGAAAGAAACAUGGUAUUAAAUGUGCAAAAUGAUGAAACUGAUAAUAAUAAAUUAUAUGUUACAACAGUGUAC